AAACACCCUUGAAUGAAUGAUAGUGUAAAUUUAGGUACUGCAUGAAAUUUCUAACUACUAUUUCAUUCUGUUAUUUGCACAGCUGAAGUCUGUUUACAUACAACAUCAUACACAAUACAAAACAUGGACAAGAGCAAUAAUUCUUCUCACUCCACCUUCAAGAGUAAACCAAAAAAAUCAAGAACAAAAGUUUAUGCUGCAAAAAUGGUGAAACCCAACAUCAAUAAUCAAAUGAAAAUGGUUGAAACUGUUGAAAGCAUUGUUCAAAAUCCAGUCUUGAAAAACAUUGAUGAUGUUCUUGAAAAAAUCCAAUCUUCCAAAGAGAGUGUCAUUUUAGGGAAGACAACAACUUCAGAUGAAGGUAUGAAGAAAGGGUGUGGUAGAUCAAAGCUGUAUGAGACAUGUGCUGUAAAUCAUUGGAAGCCUCCUGUGUUUGAGUGUUUUAAAGAGGAAGGACCAUGUCAUUGCAUAAUGUUCACAUUCAAAGUUAUUGUUGAGAUGGAGACAGGUAAAGCAUCUAAAAACAUAGAGACAAGUGAAGUAACCAAAACCACUGUAGAGGUUUAUGGUGCUCCUCAUAAAAAAAAGAAAAUGGCAGCAGACAACGCAGCCGAGGGUGCGUUGUGGUACUUAAAGCAUAUAGAUUUUGUUUUGAAGAACAAAUAAAUAAAGUACAAAUUAUUGUAUUAUUGUAUAUCAUCAACAGCCAAGGCCUCUACUGCCACAGUUAUUUCACUCCUCAGUGAUGCUAUCUAGACUUGGUUGCCAAUAAUCAGAAGACCAUGCUCUCUUAGGAGAGCUUCUUUUUCCUGCCAAAUCUGUCUUCCUCUUCCUGUUUGCUGUAUUGCUAUCACGAAGUUGUUAGCUUUCUUCGCAAUAUGUUUCUUCCUAAAGAUACAGCAAGUAGAGAUCAUACCAUCAUCUUCCUUCACUGUGCGGGAUUGUGUGUUUCUAGUCUCAUCGAGUAAAGAACCGAUUGUCAUUUCACGAGCAGGAGAAGGAGAGUUCCUUGGAGAAAGACCUUGAAGCUUUCGUAUUGUGCUUAUUGGUACUACAUAGAACUUUUGUCCAAGCAUGAGCACCGUGUCUGGUUCAACAACUGCCCAUGGUUGCUGAAAUACAAACGGAUGUGCAACACAGCAUCUCGGGUUGCGGCACAUAAUCUCAGCUGCAGUCACAGGUCUGUCAUGAACCUCAACACGACCACCGGGAUGGACAAUCCGAAGAAGCAUGGUCUUUGUAUUAUUAGUACAAAUCCAGCUUGAAGAUGGCAUGGUUUCUGUCACUGGGGAGGAGGAAGAGGAUAGAGUGGGAGAAAGCUUCUGUAACCUUUUUGGGAAGGUUUGGAGAGUAUAAGUAGGUCAUCAAGGUCAACGGAAUAAAACAAAAUUACAAGAUUUAUGGUUUACCUUGUCAUCAUAAAAAAAUACUCUUCUUGGUCUUUGGCUGUUACUGAUAUCAAUCAUUGAUACUAUCGUUACAUUUGUUUCACCAUCCUUACAUAGUAGAUUUAUUUUGUAUGUA